UGAACGUCGUGGAGGCCCUUCAGGAAUUCUGGCAGAUGAAGCAGUCGCGUGGAGCUGAUCUGAAAAACGGAGCGCUUGUGGUGUACGAGAUGGUCCCUUCCAACAGCCCCCCUUACGUCUGCUAUGUCACCUUGCCGGGAGGGAGCUGCUUUGGCAGUUUCCAGUUCUGUCCAACCAAGGCUGAAGCCCGAAGGAGUGCCGCAAAAAUUGCGCUAAUGAACUCGGUCUUUAACGAGCAUCCCUCCCGGAGGAUCACAGAUGAGUUCAUUGAGAAGAGCGUUUCGGAGGCCCUGGCAUCUUUCAACGGCAAUCGAGAGGAAGCUGAUAAUCCCAACACCGGGAUCGGCGCUUUUCGCUUCAUGCUGGAAUCCAACAAGGGAAAAUCAAUGCUGGAGUUCCAGGAGCUGAUGACCGUCUUCCAGCUGUUGCACUGGAACGGCAGCCUCAAAGCCAUGCGGGAGAGGCAGUGCUCGCGGCAGGAGGUCCUGGCUCACUACUCCCACCGCGCUCUGGACGAUGACAUAAGGAACCAGAUGGCCAUGGACUGGGUGAACAGGGAGCAGAGUAGCCCGGGGGCUCUUUCCAGAGAGCUGGCUUCGACCGAGAGAGAGCUGGACGAAGCGCGCCUGGCCGGGAAAGAGCUGCGUUUCCAUAAGGAGAAGAAAGAUAUCCUGAUGCUGGCGGCGGGCCAGCUGGGGAGCGUGCACUCCUCCAACUGCUAG